ACCAGUGAUCUUGUUGUUGUCUGUUUGUGAAGUUUGCGCGUUCGUCUUUGUUUGGUUUUCUUUAUUGUGAAUUUGUGUUAUAAAAAAAUUGCAGUCGGCCGCUGACCAAUUUUAUUUAAAAGGACUUUUUUUCCUGUGCGGCCUGGCGAGCAAAUUGCCAGCGGUCGCCAGUUGGAUCAACAAACUCUCCCCCUCUCUUUUCCGCCCGUGUAUCUGCGUGUGUCUGUCGGCAGGCAAUAAAAAAGAGAAUAAUAAUCCAAUUGAGGUUUGGGCAGCCCAGUGUGCCCACACCCCAAAUACAAAAAAAAAAGUAAACCAGAAUGCAAGCGCAAUUGAUUCCUUUGCUGGCGCUGCUGCUGCUGCUGGCAUGCGUAGCCCAACAAAUAGCUGCCGACUAUGAGAACACAUGGAACUUCUACUACGAGCAGCCCUGUUGCGCCUCCAACGAGCCGUCGAGCUAUGGGCGGCACAAGCGAGAUCAUGUGCGCGAAUUCACAUGCGGCAAACUCUACUACCGCACGUUCCACUUGAGCGAGGAGCGCGACUCACUGUAUGUGGGCGCCAUGGAUCGUGUAUUCCGUUUGAAUUUGCAAAAUAUAUCCUCAUCGUAUUGUGAUCGCGAUGUCAUAAACUUGGAGCCAACUCGCGAUGAUGUGGUCAGCUGUGUGUCCAAGGGCAAAAGUCAGGUCUUUGAUUGCAAGAACCAUGUGCGCGUCAUACAAUCAAUGCAGCAAGGCGAUAGGCUCUAUGUUUGCGGCACCAAUGCACACAAUCCCAAGGAUUAUGUCAUCUAUUCCAAUUUGACUCACUUGCCACGCUCGGAGUAUGUGAUCGGCGUUGGGCUUGGUAUAGCCAAGUGUCCCUACGAUCCGCUGGACAACUCAACGGCCAUUUACGUGGAGGAAGGUAACCCCGGCGGACUGCCUGGCCUGUACUCGGGCACAAAUGCGGAAUUCACUAAGGCUGAUACUGUGAUCUUCCGGACGGAUUUGUAUAAUACGUCGGCAAAGCGCCUCGAAUACAAAUUCAAGCGCACGCUCAAAUAUGAUUCCAAGUGGUUGGACAAACCCAAUUUCGUGGGCUCCUUUGACAUUGGCGACUACGUGUACUUCUUUUUCCGUGAGACGGCCGUCGAGUACAUCAACUGCGGCAAGGCGGUCUAUUCGCGUAUCGCGCGCGUCUGCAAGAAGGAUGUGGGCGGCAAGAAUCUGUUGGCCCACAACUGGGCCACGUAUCUGAAGGCGCGGCUAAACUGCAGCAUCUCUGGCGAAUUUCCGUUCUAUUUCAAUGAGAUACAAUCGGUUUAUCAGCUGCCCAACGACAAGACGCGCUUCUAUGCCACGUUCACGACCAGCACCAAUGGCCUGAUUGGAUCAGCCGUAUGCAGUUUCCACAUCAACGAGGUGCAGGCCGCUUUCAAUGGCAAAUUUAAGGAGCAAUCCUCUUCAAACUCCGCCUGGCUGCCGGUGCUGAACUCUCGCGUGCCAGAUCCGCGACCCGGCACAUGUGUCAACGAUACCUCAAAUCUGCCAGAUACCGUACUCAAUUUCAUACGCUCGCAUCCACUUAUGGACAAAGCCGUAAAUCACGAGCACAACAAUCCGGUCUAUUAUAAAAGGGAUUUGGUGUUCACAAAGCUCGUUGUUGACAAAAUCAAAAUCGACAUACUGAACCAGGAGUACACCGUUUACUACGUGGGCACCAAUCUGGGCCGCAUCUAUAAAAUCGUACAGUAUUACCGGAACGGCGAGUCGCUGUCCAAGCUGCUGGACAUCUUCGAGGUGGCGCCAAACGAGGCCAUCCAGGUGAUGGAAAUCAGCCAGACACGUAAGUCACUCUAUGUGGGCACCGAUCAUCGCAUCAAGCAAAUCGAUUUGGCCAUGUGCAAUCGCCGUUACGACAAUUGCUUCCGUUGUGUGCGUGAUCCGUACUGCGGCUGGGACAAGGAGGCCAACACGUGCCGGCCAUACGAAUUGGAUCUGUUGCAGGAUGUGGCCAACGAGACGAGCGACAUUUGCGACUCGAGUGUGCUGAAGAAGAAAAUCGUCGUCACCUACGGCCAGAGCGUGCAUCUGGGCUGCUUUGUCAAGAUACCGGAGGUGCUGAAGAACGAGCAGGUCACCUGGUACCAUCACUCCAAGGACAAGGGACGCUAUGAAAUCAAAUACAGCCCCACCAAGUACAUUGAGACAACGGAGCGCGGCCUGGUUGUGGUGUCGGUGAACGAGGCCGAUGGCGGACGCUACGAUUGCCACUUGGGUGGCUCGCUGCUCUGCAGCUACAACAUAACUGUCGACGCACACAGAUGCACGCCACCGAACAAAAGCAACGACUAUCAGAAAAUCUAUUCAGAUUGGUGUCACGAGUUCGAGAAGUAUAAAACCGCCAUGAAGUCCUGGGAAAAGAAGCAAGCGCAAUGCUCCACGCGCCAGAACUUCAGCAGCAAUCAGCAUCCCAAUGAUAUCUUCCGCAAGAACAACGUUUGAUACCACGACAAUAGCGUCACGGUCACCAUGCCACACAUCCAUGUCCAUUAAGCGUUUCUACUAAACCGUCAAGAGUUCCCAAAACAACAACAAACUGCAACAAAUCAAAUCAAAUCAAAUCGUAUCGAAUCGUAUUGGAGGAGUUCAUAAAAUAAUAAUAAUUAUAAUUAUUGAGCGCCCAGCUUAAGUUGCCGCAUCGUCAUCAAUCAUUACGUAUCACUCAUCACUCAUCAUAGUUAAGCAUAAACUCCUAUAAACUGCAUUUAUACGAAUAUCAACUUACAUAUGUGUAUAGAGCAAAAACACUUCCAGUACAGUGCAUUUAUUCAACAUGCGAUGAGAGCUGAUGGGAUAUUAAUAAAUAAUUCAAGAGACACUUGUCUAUGGCAUUUAGAGAUGCAGAUACAGUUAGUUACAGUUACGAUUACAAUUACAAUUACAGUUG